AUGAACUUAGCCGGUCAGAGCAGCGAGGCCGGCUCCAGCCAGCUGCUCUUCGCCAACUUCAACCAGGACAACACGUCCCUAGCUGUGGGUAGUAAGACCGGUUAUAAAUUUUUCUCCCUUUCUUCCGUGGAUAAGCUGGAACAGAUCUAUGAAUGCAAUGACACGGAGGACGUGUGCAUUGUGGAGCGGCUCUUCUCCAGCAGCCUGGUGGCCAUCGUCAGCCUCAAGGCGCCCAGGAAGCUGAAGGUCUGCCACUUCAAGAAGGGCACGGAGAUCUGCAACUACAGCUACUCCAACACCAUCCUGGCUGUGAAGCUCAACCGGCAGAGGUUAAUUGUGUGCCUGGAAGAGUCUCUGUACAUACACAACAUCCGGGACAUGAAGGUCCUGCACACCAUUAGGGAGACGCCCCCAAAUCCCACAGGCUUGUGUGCCCUGUCCAUAAACAACGACAACUGCUACCUGGCGUACCCCGGGAGCGCGACCAUCGGAGAGGUGCAGGUCUUCGACACCAUCAACCUGAGAGCCGCCAACAUGAUCCCCGCGCACGACAGCCCUUUGGCAGCUCUGGCAUUUGAUGCGAGUGGCACCAAGCUGGCCACUGCUUCGGAGAAGGGCACCGUGAUCAGAGUGUUUUCCAUCCCAGAGGGACAGAAACUCUUUGAGUUCCGGCGAGGAGUUAAAAGGUGCGUCAGCAUCAGCUCCCUGGCCUUCAGCAUGGACGGCAUGUUCCUCUCUGCGUCCAGCAACACAGAAACUGUGCACAUCUUCAAACUCGAGACUGUGAAGGAGAAACCCCAGGAGGAGCCCACCACCUGGACUGGCUACUUCGGGAAAGUGCUCAUGGCCUCCACGAGCUACCUGCCCUCACAGGUCACGGAGAUGUUCAACCAGGGCAGGGCCUUUGCCACUGUCCGCUUGCCCUUCUGCGGCCAUAAGAAUAUCUGCUCUUUGGCCACAAUCCAGAAGAUUCCCCGACUGCUGGUGGGCGCCUCUGAUGGCUACCUGUACAUGUACAACCUGGACCCCCAGGAGGGGGGCGAGUGCACCCUGAUGAAGCAGCACAGGCUGGAUGGCAGCAUGGAGACGGCCAGUGAGAUCCUGGACUCAGCCUCCCAGGAGUGCCCCUUGGUCACCCAGCCGUACAGCACAGCCACUAUGAAAGCCACUUAUGUGCCUGCCUCCCCGACGCGACCUGGGAAGGGCUCCUACACAGACGACCUGGGCGCUGUGGGCGGCGCCUGUCUGGAGGAAGAGACUGGUGCCCUGCGGCUGGACGAGGACAGUGAGCAUCCUCCCAUGAUCCUUCGGACAGACUGA